GAAAAAAAAAAUACUUCCGGAAAAGGAAAGAAACACACGUGUGGGAACAUUUUACAGUUGAUAGCUAACUAUUAUUGUAAUACACUUCAGACAACGUAUUUGAUAUCGACUUAAACAAGCGCUCCAUCUUUAAAAUAAGUAUUUUACGAUGGCUCCGCCAAGGAGUAAGAAGAGGAAGCCGAGCUUUCGCAGGCUACUGAAGACGAGCAAUGUGAAGCUUGACAACAAGCUAAAGAAUCGUCAGUUCAAGAAAGAGAGCACCGACAAGAAACACCGCAAGGAACAGAAGAAGCUCCGGGCAGCUAUCAAAGAUGCUGUCUUGAAGACCCCCCUCCCCCUGGAGCGCUACAAGAAGAGGCCAGAGGAUGAAGAGGAGGAGGAGUUUGUGGAGUCCCUGCCAAUGGACAUGAUGGAGGAAGAUGACCUGGAGCAGAUUAAGGCAAUGGCUCAGAAAGCCUCCUUCCUCACCAGAGACCUGUCGUCAAGUGGUCCAGUGCAUGCCAAAAAGCGCAAGGGGGAGCAGCAGGGGCCAGAGAGUUAUGAGAAGAUGCCCAGAAAGAUGCAGCUAACAGAGGAAAAGGAGGUCAUUCACCUCCUGCCAAUCAAAGACAAGAUUAGAGGCCUCAUCCCUCAGAGCAUGGAGAAACCUGUUGUAGAAAAAAAGGCUGAGGAGGAGGAAGGAGAUGCCCCGACUGGCUUGGAGCAAUUUGAAAACGAGGAUGAGGCUAUGCCCGGGCCGGCCCUGACCCCUCAGGAGCAGCUGAAGCUCCGCACACAGAAGCUGACCAACAGGAAACUACGAAUCGCUAGUCUGGGAUCAGACAUCCUCUCAGACCCCACCACCAACAUCAAGAAGCUGAAAGAGCUGCGAGCCAUGCUGAUGGAGACCGACCCCUAUGUGGCGGUGACGGUCAGAAAGCUGGUCAUGGUCUCUCUGAUGGAGGUCUUCAAGGACAUCGUCCCCUCCUACAGAAUCAGACCCCUGACAGAGACAGAGAAAGCCUCAAAGGUGAAGAAAGAGACCCAGCAACUGAGGGAGUUUGAGGAGGGCUUGGUGAGCCAGUACAAGUUCUACCUGGAGAACCUGGAGCAAACGGUCAAAGACUGGAAGCAGAAGAAGAGAAAGAGGAGCGAGGCGGUGUCACUGCAGUCUUAUAGGGGCCUGGCUGAGGUGGCCAUCCGCUGUAUCUGUGAGCUGCUGGUGGCCCUGCCACACUUCAACUUCCACAACAACAUCAUCGUCACGGUGGUGCCACUGAUGAACGACCCUGUCAAGAGGGUGUCUGACAUGUGCUGUGAAGCAGUCAAGAAGCUACUGAAGCAGGACAAACAGGGCCAUGCCGCACUUGGGACAGUCAAAGUUAUCUCUGGACUGGUUAAAAGCAGAAACUAUGACGUCAGACCAGAGCUACUCAAGGUUCUCCUCUGCCUGAGGAUAAAGGAGGUGGAGGUGAAGAAAGAUACAGAUGACACAGCUCCCAAAAAGAAGUUCAUGAACUAUAAAGACAAAAAGAAGAAUCUGUCCAGGAUGCAAAGGAAGUGGAAGAAGGCUGAAGAGAAACUAGAGAAAGAGCUGCUAGAGGCUGAGGCAUCAGAGAGCAAAGACAAGAAGCUCAAACUGCACACAGAGACCUUGAACAUAGUGUUCUUGAUAUACUUCAGAAUACUGAAGAAAGCUCAGAAGUCUAUCCUGCUUCCCUCCGUUUUAGAAGGUCUAGCAAAGUUUGCCCAUCUAAUCAACCUGGAGUUCUUUGAUGACUUGUUGAACGUUCUUCAACAUCUUAUCCAAUCAGGAGAUCUGACCUAUCGGGAAAGCCUUCACUGCAUUCAGACAGCUUUCAACAUUCUCUCUGGUCAAGGUGAUGUCCUCAAUAUUGACCCACUGAAUUUCUACAGCCACCUGUACAAGACGCUGCUCAAACUCAAUGCUGGUGCAUCUAAUGAUGACAUCAGCAUCGUGCUGCGUUGUCUAGACGUGAUGCUGACCAAGCGCAGGAAACAGGUGACCCUGCAGCGUGCCCUGGCCUUCGUCAAGAGACUGAGCACACUCAGUCUGCACACACUGCCCAACGCUACCGUGGGAAUCCUGGCAUCCAACAGGACGUUGAUGCAUACCUUCCCCAAGUGUGAUAUCCUCCUGGACAAUGAGGCUCAGGGUAGUGGGGUGUUCCUUCCUGAGCUGGAUGAGCCAGAGUACUGCAACCCUCAGAACACUGCCCUGUGGGAGCUACACACACUCAAGAGACAUUACCACCCAGUGGUCAGGAGGUUUGCCACUCACCUCUGUGCAGGGGCUCCCAGUGAAGGAUCUGGAGCGCUAAUCGUUCAACUUGCUAGAAGGCACCCAGUGGAGCUGUUUGAGGACUACAGAGCUAAAGACAUGACCUUCAAUCCUCCAGUGGUAGCGCCUUCCACAAAGAAGAAGGAUUAUUUCACGAUAGGCCUUGCCCUGCUGGAUGAUAAAUUAAAGCAGCAGAUUGAUCGUGUUCUCUCAGCGGAGGAAGAGGAUCCUAUGUCGCUGGAUUUCUCUGCAGUUCUACCACAGACCAACAGCACAUAAUACUUCAGACCCCACCGGAAACACCCCCUUUCCUUUGUGCCCAGUAUUUUAGUUCUAAAUGGACUGUAAAAUAACAACCGUAUGCUGGCGACAUUGCUUUUUGACUAGAAUGGAUACAGUUAAGUGUUGAGUUAAACCACCUGCCUCAUUGAUUACUCAUAACCCUGACCUACAGGGUCUUCAGAAAGUAGUCACAUCCCUUGACUUUUUCCACAUUGUUACAACCUGAAUUUAAAAUGGAUUAAAUUGAGAUUGUCACUGGCCUACACACAAUACCCCAUAAUGUCAGUGGAAUUGUGUUUUUAGAAAUGUAUAGCUUAAAUCAAGUAUUCAACCCCUUUUGUUAUGGCAAGCCUAAUUAUGUUCAGGAGUAAAAUGUGCAUAACUCACAUAAGUUGCAUGGACUCACUCUAUAUAUAUUUUUUUUGUGACAACCUCUCACAAUUAUCUGUAAGGUCCCUCAGUUUAGCAGUGAAUUUCAGACCAAGGAGGUUCUCCAAUGCCUUGCAAAGAAGGGCACGAAUUGGUAGAUGGGUAAGAAUACAUUUUUAAAAAGCUGACAUUUAGUAUCCCUUUGAGCAUGAAGUUAUUUACUCUGGAUGGUGUAUCAAUACACAAAUACACACCACAAAGAUAUAGGCGUCAUUCCUAACUCAGUUGCCGGAGAGGAAGGAAACCGCUCAGGGAUUUCACCAUGAGGCCAAUGGUGACUUCAAAACAGGUUAAUGGCUGUGAAAGGAGAAAGCUGUGGAUGUGUCGACAACAUUGUAGUUAUACAAACCCAAACGAGUGAAAAGGAAGUCUACAGGAUAAUAGUCCAAAACUUUCAUCCUGUUUGCAAUAAACUAAAGUACAACUGCAAAGAAUUACACUUUUUGUACUGAAUACAAAGUGUUAUGUUAGGGGCAAAUAUGAGUACCACUCAUAUUUUCAAACGUGGUGGCUGCAACAUGUAUGCUCGUCAUUGACAAGGGAGUUUUUUAUUAGGAUAAAAAUAAAAUCUUAAAACUGGUUGUCUGCUUUCUAACAAACUUUUCAGUAGGACAAUAACCUCAAACACAAGGUCAAAUAUACGAGUUGAAAACCAAGAUUACUUUUAAUGUUCCUGAGUGGCCUAGUUACAGUUUUGACUUAAAUUGUAUUAAAUCUAUGGCAAGACCUGAAAAUAGCUGUCUAGCAAUGAUCUACUUGACAGACCUUGGAAGCAUUUUACAAUUAUUUUGUACCAGGUGUGGAAAGCUCGGAGGCUUAGUUUUAAUCGUUGCCAAAUAUAUUUCUAUCAUGUGUUGAAUCAGGGGUGUGAAUACUUCAGUUAGAUGUCUGUAUUUCAUUUUCAAUAAAAAAAAAGUUUUUGCUUGGUA